GUGACAUAAACAUGAUGAAGAAGGCCAUCAGUGCCAGAGGUUCAAAUAGCGCGGCCUCUAGUGAGAAAAGCAUGGCUAUUCUCACCAAAGCUGCCAGAAGUCCUGCCGCAGGCAAAGCCACAUUGGCCCCACCGCAGAGGGAGUCAUCUACGUUAUCCACGCCUCUGAAAGGACCGUCUCUCAUGGGGAUCUUGGCUGCCAGACGGUUUACCAACCGUCUACGUGAGACAGUCCGGGAAAAGAGACAACUACGGGAACAGAAUGCAAACCUCCAGCCCACAUACCGCAUGGAACCCAGAAACAAGUUUCAGCCAGGUAAGGUUGAACGGGCAAUCAAAGACGUGGUGGACCAGAGACUGGAGGGAUGCAAAUAUAACCCCAGACUAUGUAAGACUAUGACGCGAGUUCUGAGCGAAGAGGUUAAAGAAAAGGUGAAAGGGUUGAAAUUCGACAGGUACAAAUUGGUGUGUCUUGUGACAAUUGGAGAGAAGAAGAGUCAACAAUUGAUGGUGACAAGCCGAUGCACUUGGGAUACUAACUUCGAUAAUUAUUCAACAUACAACUUUGAAAAUUCGAACUUGUUCUGUACUGUUACUGUUUACGGGAUUUACGCAGAAUAGACCGAACAAAAGAAACAUGAGCUAGAAGCCCCUAUCUCGGAUCAAAUGACGUAAAGUAAAAAACCGGCGAUGGGAAAAAUCGCACAAUUCAAACGUC